UUAGUCUGAAACGAUUAGGAGAAGUCGGCAGUAAAAUGGAUGAUGAUGGAAAACGAAUGUCUUUGUAUGGCAAGAGUGAAGUAAAUCCAGGAGAACUAGAUGGAUUAUGGAAAAACGUAUUAUCAAGAACGGAAAAUAUCAGAAGAAAACAUUUGGCUACGAUCGGAGAUGGUUCGAGACAUUGGCGAGGCAUAAAACAGUGGUCAAGGUCAGAAUUAGAUCCUGUUUGUAAUACCAUAUACAACCACAGAAAACGAGAAACUGUUGCUGAUGUAUUAACAACUUAUGACCGCCUUUUCCACAUAAAAUAUGGGUAUGAUAGUAAAUUGCAUCGUGAUGACAGGAACAGUAUAAAAACCAUCGGGUUGUCAGUUCAAGACGAGGAACAACAGAGGGUUAUACCUGUCCUGUCAUCGUCGCAUUACGGAAGUCGUCUAGAUAAACCAUUAGAGUCUUUUGUUAGGAAACAUAGCAAAAUCGAACAUAUAUUGAAAGGCUUUUAUUACAGAAGAGGAACCGGAUUACCUCCCUUAGAUAUAUAG